GUGUUGUUGUGGCGAGUCCCGGGCCGAUGACGUGCAAAGCAGCGGCUCUUUCAGGAGGCGACUGUGUUUGUGAACUCUUGCUUUUCGUCUCUUACCAGGUUGAAUGGUCUCCGUUCGCUACGCAGAAGUCUAUUUCUUGGGAUGGAUUGGAUGAGGAGCUAGGAGUCGGCCUGCUCUGUGGGGCUGAAAAUGAACAAAGGGUGGCUGGAGUUGGAGAGUGACCCCGGGCUCUUCACUCUACUUGUGGAGGAUUUUGGUGUUAAGGGUGUGCAGGUGGAAGAGAUCUAUGAUCUUCAGAGCAAGUGCCAAAGCCCAGUGUAUGGCUUCAUUUUCCUAUUUAAGUGGAUCGAAGAACGUCGUUCACGGAGAAAGGUGUCCACUCUUGUGGAUGAGACGUCUGUUGUUGAUGAUGACAUUGUGAAUGAUAUGUUUUUUGCUCAUCAGCUUAUUCCUAACUCCUGUGCAACACAUGCCUUGCUUAGCGUCCUCCUCAACUGUAAUAAUGUAGAGCUUGGACAUACUUUAAGCCGAAUGAAGGAGUUUACAAAAGGCUUCAACCCAGAGAGUAAAGGAUAUGCCAUUGGUAAUGCUCCAGAACUUGCUAAAGCACACAACAGUCAUGCCAGGCCCGAACCAAGACACCUGCCUGAGAAGCAGAAUGGAAUCAGUGCUGUGAGAACAAUGGAAGCAUUUCAUUUUGUCAGUUAUGUACCGAUUAAGGGGCGUCUAUUUGAGCUGGAUGGCUUGAAAGCAUUUCCCAUUGAUCAUGGUCCAUGGGGUGAAGAUGAAGAAUGGACAGACAAAGCCAGAAGAGUUAUAAUGGAGAGGAUUGGACUAGCCACUGCUGGAGAGCCAUACCAUGAUAUACGAUUCAACUUAAUGGCUGUUGUUCCUGACCGGAGAAUAAAGUAUGAGUCUAAGCUGCAGAUCCUCAAAAUGAAUAGGCAGACGGUACUGGAGGGCUUGCAGCAGCUAAUCCGUGUGACCCAGCCAGAACUGGUUCAGGAUCGCAAGCCACAGGAAGUCUCCCUACCAGAAGAACAAACAGCUGCAGUAAAGAAGGAAUUGGAGGUUGAUUCUGUGAAGGCAACAUCCACUGCAGAGGGCACCUCUCUUUUAGACUCUGCAGAAGCAUCAUGUCUCCCAACCCAGCCAGCAGCAGUGUGCAGUCCAACAAGCAAAACAAAAGUCCACGUGAGACCUAGCUGCUCAGCAAAUGGACCACCAGUUGCACCCAGCCCCAUUGUUCAAAGGCUGCCUGCAUUUCUUGACAACCAUAAUUAUGCCAAGUCUCCAAUGCAGGAGGAAGAAGAUCUGGCAGCUGGUGUUGGGCGAGGCAGAGUCCAAGUUCCUGCAAACCACACGUAUUCGGAUGAUGAUGAUGAUUAUGAAGAUGAAGAGGAUGAAGACUGUGGUAGCACAGAUGCCUCUUCUAGGUACAAGAGGAAGCCCAUUUCGAAACAGCCUCAGGAUGAAUCUGUAAUUGAUGGACAGCUAUCAAUAUUGCAGCCCAAUACUAUUAACGUGCUGAAUGAAAAACUCAAAGAAUCACAAAAGAAGGACCUGACAGUUCCACUGUCAAUCAAAACGGCAGCCGCUGGCGGCAUUUGUAUCACUGCACCCUCCCAGCCUUCCCCCACACCUAGCAACGAGAGCACAGAUACAGCUUCUGAAAUUGGCAGUGCCUUCAACUCACCACUGCGAUCACCCAUCCGUUCUGCCAGCGCCACACGCCCAUCCAGUCCUGUUACAUCUCAUCUUUCUAAAGUGCUUUUUGGGGAGGAGGAUACUCUGCUGCGACUUGACUGCCUCCGUUACAAUCGUGCAGUACGGGACCUUGGCCAGGUUGUCAGCUCUGCAUUAUUACACCUACAAGCCGACGGGGUUCUCUGCACCCUUGCCCACACUGGUGACACCAGUCCUGAAGGUUCAAAGAGUAUUUCUGUAAAAGAGACAAGAAGCAACCUUUCUGAAGUAAAGAUGGAUAGUGACAGGGAGGCUUCUGACACAAAGCAUAUUAAAGAGAAAACAGAACCUGGAGAACAUAGUAGCAAGACCCUAGGAGAAAAGUACUCCCCAAAAGAGCUUCUUGCUUUACUGAAAGCAGUUGAAGCAGAGAUUGCAAAUUACGAAGCCUGCCUCAAGGAAGAGAUUGAGAAACGAAAGAAAUACAAGAUUGAUGACCAAAGGAGGACUCACAACUAUGAUGAGUUCAUAUGCACCUUCAUAUCCAUGUUGGCCCAGGAGGGAAUGCUAGCUAGUCUUGUGGAGCAAAAUAUCUCAGUCCGCAGACGGCAAGGGGUUAGCAUUGGCCGCCUCCACAAACAGAGGAAGCCAGAUAGACGGAAACGUUCCCGGCCAUAUAAAACUAAGAGGCAGUAAUACAAACGAGGGAUCUGUGACUCAGACUUGACGAGGCAGUGAAUUCUGUGUCUGUUCUUGAUGAACGUGGUUCAAUUGGCAAUAAGGGAAGCUCUUGCUAUCUAUGAAGAAGUGUAUUUUCCUUUCUUCCAAAGAUGGAACAGUCUUAUUAAGCAUUUCAAAAACACAUAUCGCCUGUUGAUGCGGGGAUAUGGCCCUCAUAGACUGUGUUUGUUUUUUUUUGUUCCUCAAAUUACUGAACGUUGCUGGAGCAUUGUCACCAUUUUUAGUUUUACAGGUUCCAGGUGGAAAGUUCCUAUCACCAUAUUACAUAGCACAGACUUCAGGGAUGUUUUUUGCUUCUUUCAUUCCUUUUUAAGAUUGAGUGUCUCUCAGACAUUUGAAGAACAAUGCACAUAAAUAAAACUCGGCUUUUUUGGGUUUUUUUCUAAUUCCUUUCCAGUGUUUGUCCUCUUCUGUGCGCCAUCUUAUUAUGUCUACAGUAUAUUCCUAUCUACGUUUUAUUUGCUUGUACCAGUUCAUAAAAAAAAAAAAAAGUUGAUUUAAAAUAUACAUAUUAAAUAGGAAGACAUUCUAUUAUUUUCAGUGAAAAUAUUCAAAAGACCUGUAGUCUGGGUAAACAUCACUGGUUAUUCUUAUUUUAUUUUUAAGUUUGUUGCUCACUUUACGUUUAUUUCCAAUGGGUCUUCUUUUUGCAUUUUUUAAGUGUUAUAGGUGUGUACAACAUAUCUUGUUGUAAUCACAAAUAAAAUUAUUUAAAUUUGUACUUCA